ACAUAUCCAAUUGGCUCUUUACUGAGACUUCAGCUCAACAGAACUACUACUGCCACAGCCAUGGCACCAACAAUGACUAGACAGAUUACCUACUCUGAGCAGCUCCUCUCACUUACUAAGGUAAAGAAGCCAGCUGUGGAGAAGAUGCGCAGGGAUCGCAUCAACACUAGCAUCGAGCAGCUCAAGUCCCUCCUGGGUCCCGAGUUCCUCCUGCAGAAGCCUGACUCCAAGCAGGAGAAGGCUGACAUCUUGGAGAUGACCGUCUAUUUCCUGAGCCGACAGCAGCAGGCAGGAAGUUCCUCCACCGUGGCAGCCAAUGGGGGCUACUCUCACUGUGUGCAGGAGGCUGUCAGCUUCCUGUUGCAGUGUGAGGUGAAGACACAGUCCCACAGCAGGCUGCUGAGCCACUUCCACAGCCUGCAGACAUCCAGCCAACAUAGCCAGGCUCCCAGGUCCCUCUCCCCGCUGGGCUCCCCAGUCCACCAGGCCACCACCAAGGGUGUGCUGAGACCCAUCUCCCAUCCACUCUGGAGGCCCUGGUAGAGCAACCAGGGCCUCCACUUCAGAAUAAUCUACUUCAGGCAACACUUCAGACCUUUUCAUGUCAGACAAACGGAAUUAGACAGGCCAGUCUAUGUUUUGACAGGCAUGGACAGUGGUGUUCGGAGUGAAGGAGGUCUACUUCUUCUGCAUUUGGCAAGAGAUGCUAUGUCAUAAGUCUUCAUCCAGAUGAAGAAAGGGCAUGUUUCGCCAGUAUUCCUUUGAAAGGAAGGAUUCUAUGAAAUGAUUCAGAUUGGUCUGGAAUGGAUACAUACUAUGUAUUUGAAAAUGUACACUGAUUUAAUAACAGUGUUUCUCUUAUUUUAUUUUAUCGUUUGACAGUACAGAGUUAAAUUAUUGUAAUAACAUACUUGUAUUGUAUUUCUAACCCAUGUUGAGUUGUUACUGUUUGUAUCUGUAACCACCUGUUUGUUAGAAUUUGUCAAACUCUUUACAAUGGAUUGUCACUGAAUGAUAAAAUGUAUCAAUUUGAUGAUGUAGCUAUAUUAUCACACAAAUGGAUCCAAUGGAUCUACACUAAAUGUAAAUCAUGUUAGGAUUAUGUCAAAUCAAUGUCAUUGAUAAGACAGUAUUCAAUGUUCAAAGAAUAUGUUAAAAAGUUCAUUGUAACUUCGAAGAUACACCUUUCAUAAAGAACUUUUGUGUAUUCCACAAAAGGUUUUGUAAAGAAAAAAGCUUUUCCAUGAAAAGUUUGUUUGCCUUUAUUGGUUUAAAUGACACGCCAUUUGGAGUGACAUGCCAUCAAGUGUUUGAAAAUAAAUGAAAAACUUAAGUUUCUCAAAAUUGCA